CCCGGUGCUGAAAACGUGAUUGGUGAAGUUGUGUUGACAAAUCGGUGAUUACAAAAGUUGUUGGGCAUGAACCAAAGUAACAACUUCGUAACACGAAAUAUGAACAGUUAGUCCUAAGUCGCUGCAACAGUUUUGUAACAGUGGACUGAGGUUUUGUCGCCAGUUAGCUAAGUGUUGUCUCCUAAGCGACGACUUGGUGGGUCUCGUGUCACCAGCUUAUCGUUAGCUAGCUGGCUAAGUGCUUAGCGGAGAGUUGACAGACACAUGGUUCAUGAGAGGGCACAGCCGCUACCAGAGAGCUGGUACUGCCGAGCACUGACGACUAUGACAUUAACAUGACCACAAGCCCGGCAUGACAGCAGUGACCGGAGGGAGGAUCAGCACGAUGGGGACACCGGGUAGAACCACCAGCCUCAACUUUUCAUAUGAGGAGGACGCCCCGGACUCUUCUGCCCUCUCAUCCUCCGCCAUGUCCAUUGACAGGCUCUUCCCGGCCCUCUUGGAGUGCUUUGGGAUAAUCCUGUGUGGAUACGUCGCAGGGAGGGCAAACAUCAUCACUUCCACCCAGGCCAAAGGGCUGGGGAAUUUUGUGUCCAAGUUUGCCCUCCCAGCGCUGCUGUUCAAGAACAUGGUUCUGUUGGACUUUGGUAAUGUCAUCUGGCCAUUUCUCUGGAGCAUCCUCAUUGCCAAAGUGUCUGUGUUUGUCAUCGUCUGUGUCCUCACACUGGUAGUUGCCAGUCCCGAGAGUCGUUAUAGUAAGGCUGGGAUCUUCUCAAUAUUUGCCACACAAAGUAAUGACUUUGCUUUGGGAUAUCCUAUAGUUGAAGCCCUGUACCAGAACACACACGCAGAGUACCUCCAGUACAUCUACCUGGUUGCACCUGUGUCCCUGAUGCUUUUGAAUCCCAUUGGUUUUGCCUUCUGUGAGAUCCAGAAGUGGAAGGAUCAGGGAAACCAUCAGCAGAGCAAAUUUCUGAUAGUGGGGCUUGUAGUUUUACAGGUCUUAAAGAACCCCAUAGUAUUCAUGGUUAUAAUCGGCAUCAUCGCCCACUUUGUCCUGCACCAGACAAUUCCUGCCUUCAUGGCUGAAUUUGUGGAUGGCCUGGCCAACUCUUUUGGAGGAGCAGCUCUCUUCUACUUGGGUCUGUCCAUGGUGGGCCAGUUAAGAAAACUGACCAGAUCCACAGUUGUUACACUGAUAUUACUCAUCACCGCAAAACUGUUGCUAAUGCCCCUGAUUUGCAAGGACAUGGUGGAUCUGUUGGACAAUAGCAACACCAGUGCUCUGAACCACUCAAGCCUCUCCAAUUAUGCCUUUCUUUAUGGAGUGUUUCCCACUGCACCAAGCGUGGCUAUCUAUGCUGUCUAUUACAAUGCAGAACUAGAAGUUGUAACCUCUGGGAUGGUGAUCAGCACUUUUCUCUCAGCUCCGAUAAUGUAUGUUUCUGCCUGGUUACUUACAAUCCCUUGGAUGGAUCCGGAGCUUUUGAUGAAUUCACUGCAGAAUGUUAGCUUUAACAUAAGCAUAGUGAGCUUAGUUGCACUGGUUUGGACAAUUACUGUUAUGUUUUUAAGUAAGAAAUUCAAGAGGCUACCCCACAUGUUUACUGUCAACCUUUUCUUGGCGCAGUUUCUAACUUCUUGUGGGAUGAUCCUGUGGAACUUUGUGGUGAAGAAGGAUAACUUCAUUGGGCAGAUCCUGACUUUCACAUUAUUAUGUACCUCACUCUACAGUACUUACAUGUGGACAGGUUUAAUAGCACUCUCACUUGUGCUCUUGAGGAGAAUUGAGGAUCUGAAAGCUUCGUCGGGCAUGUUGGUCAUUGCAGGCUGGGGGAUUCCAGCCUUAGUAACUGCUGUGAUGCUUAUAUCUGGGGAAAAAAUGUCUGACACAAUUGACUCGUCUUUCUUUUAUGGGAAACCACAGAUAAUCUGCACCACAGUUAUAGCUGCCCUCAGCAUACUGCUGGGAGGGGGCUCACUUGUGUGUCUCAGUAGAGGAAGCUGGGCCCAGAAUGACGAAAUCAUGGAGGGAGACUCUUCAGUUGGUACUGCAGAGGAUCUUGUGACUGAAGUUGAACCAGAAAACCAGACUCUGGUUGAGCCAGUCACCCCAUCAGGAGAUGUCAACAGAGCAUGCCUCAUAUGUGACUGUGCACCACCUCGGCCUAUGCCUGACAUGAUCAUCAGCACAAAUAUGAACAACACACCAACCACACUCACAGGUCAGUGUGAGAAUAACUGUGAGUCAACAGACUGCCUGCUUGUUCAAGUGGAAGAGCUCCAACAGGUUGCAGAUAGACAAGUGGCCCGUCAUGUGCUCUUAUGUCUGCUUCUGACUGUCAGCUUGCUUGCUAACUUGUCCAGCUGCCUGUGGUUACUCUUUAACCCUGUUCCUGGUAGACUCUACUUGGAGCUGCAGUUCUUCUGUGCAGUGGCCAACUAUGGACAGGGUUUUCUCUCCUUCGCUCUGUUUGGGCUGGACAAGCAUUUGAUUAUACUACCAUUUAAGAAGAGGUUAUACAAUCUGUGGUAUGGAAAGAAGCAAGAGGAGCAGCUGGAGAAUGAAUUACCCGAGGAUAUCAGGAUGACCUGCACCCAGUUCACCAAAUACCACAAGGAUCAGUGUUUUCAUGACAUUGUUAAGAGGAGGAGGUGUGGGAAGAGGACUAUGGUGGACUGUUUUCUUGGCUGUGAACUUGUGGAGUGGCUUCAGCAGGUGGGUUUGGCUCAGGACCGUGGGGAGGCUGUACUCUAUGGGAUGCGGUUACAGCAGGGUGGCGUGCUCCAGCACAUCAAGCAGGAAUACGGCUUCCAAGACAGUCGCCUUUAUUACCGCUUCACGGAAUAAGACAGUUGACAAUUGUUGUAUCCAAAAGGUAAAUGUCAUUUCAUUUCAUUAAAAACAGACAAAUGCCAAAAUACACCCAAAGGUAGAGUAACAGGUAGAACCACACUGAUCUUAAAAGAAUGCUGCACCUAGACUGAAAACUGUUUACACUCCUUUUGUCCACACCCUGUACAGGACAGCAUUUCACAAUGCACUAUUGGGUAGCACAGCAUAGUGCACAGUUGGGUGUUGACCAGGGCAAAGGAAUAGGAAGGAGGUAACAUUUUUAAAUGAUUUUUUUUAACCAGCUCAGUCUUAUUUUUGUAGUUUUAUAUUCAACAUUUCACUCACUGGGUUAAUGCCUGAUAUGUAACUGCAACACCAUUGUUACAACAGUCAAUCAGGGCAGGAACAUGAGCUGUCAGAUGAUCUUACAGUUAACUCCCUGCUUAGCUGUAAUAUCAAAACUAUUUAUUUUGAAGUGAAACUGAAAGUGGGAGGAACGGAAGUAACAGUGAUGAUCUGUCAUGUGGAAAAAUUGCAGAUGGAACUACGUUUUGGUACAAAGCAUGAGACUGGGCAACAAUCUUAAACUCUGCCGGUUUUCAAAUACAGCUAAAACUACAAAAAUAAGACUUAAGAUGUUUUCAUUUAACAUUGAAUUUCAGGAAUAACAUAAGUAACAGGCAUUUAUAAUCCUAUGGGGUGAUAAAGGACUUGUAUAGUUUUUAUGCAGUAAAUAAUGUGCACUUUCAGUAGUUUUAUUUUCUGCUAUUAUGUGACCAAUAAUCCACAAAGAGGUGCUCUCAUAUACCAAAUUAGAGGUGCAAGCAAAAACUCCCACUCGCCUACAGAGUGCACUAUUUGUUAUAUUGAGACACCUCAGAUUGUAUUUUCAUGCUUCUACCAAAGCCACUCGCUAAAAGACAUAACGGGAGAUGUGUUUAAACCUUUAUUAUCUUUUUUAUAGUUUCUUGUAGUCAGUCUAAUUUAUUAAUAAUAUAGCACAAAGCAUAAGUAGUGUUGACUAGAGCUUAACAGUGAUAACACUGUUUACCAGGACAACCUGAGCAGUAUAGACCAUUUGAGCAAACAACCAGCCAGUUUGGGAAAAAAAGGUAUUCUUUAUAUUUCCAUGGCCUUUUAUUAUUUUUUUAAUGACAACAAAAGCAAACUGUCAUUUUAAAAAUUAAAAAGGUCAUCAUCAUGAAUAUGUGUUGACCAUAAUGUGGACUGAAGUAAUGUCAGAACUACAAGUGUUAAUGUAUAUGCUUACUUAAAAGUGGUCAUACAUAAAACUCCCCCUCACUCCUUCGUAUGAAACCUUAUGAACUUAGAAACCUCAUGAAAGUUGGUAAGAUAGGAGCUGCUGUAAUUCAAAACUUUUCUCAGGUAAAUAAUAUUAUUGCUUUUUUUAAUGCAAAGAUUUGUGUUUAUUAUUAACUCAAUUGCAUCAAAAGAAAUGCUGCAAAAACAUUUGUUGAACAUUUUAAUGAAAAUAUUUUAAUCCAAUGUGUCACACACGAAUUCUGUCAAAGGCUGCAUAUUUAUGAUCUUCAUUUGUUUUAAAAUAAAAUUUAACAUUGGAACCCUAAAA